AAACGAUCAAAAAACCAAAUUCUUGCCAUUCAACCAAUCAAGAAUGCAUUCUUUUAUCCCAAAAUUUUGUUUUAGAAAUUUCCCACUAAUAUCUUUAAGAAAAGUGGGUUUUUAUUGUUUUUAUAGGCUUGUAUAGAUUCAAACCAUGCAUAAUCCCUUGAUUAAUCUCCGGUAAAAUCCAAAGAAAAGCAGAACUUGUAAGAAAAUGGCGGAAGAAGAGCAAACAUCGGAAGUUCCUGGGAAAGAAACGAUGGUUGUCGAACAAUCUGCAGAUGUUAAAUCGACCGAAAGCACAUCAGAUUUAGAAAACAGUACAAAACCAGAAACCGCCAAGGAAAAGCCGAAAACGGGUAAGCUUUUAACAAAUUCAUGUUUCCCUCGCUGAUUAUUUCUAAACAAAAUUGUUUUUAUUUUCUGUAGAUCUAGAACAGAUGAGAGAAAAGUUUUCUAAGCUGCUUUUAGGAGAGGAUAUGUCAGGUGGAGGAAAGGGUGUUUCAUCAGCUUUGGCUCUAACGAAUGCCAUUACAAAUCUUGCUGCUUCGGUGUUCGGGGAACAACAUAAACUAGGACCAAUGAAAGAAGAUUCAAAAAAGAGGUGGAGAAAAGAAGUAGAUUGGCUACUAUCGAUCACCGAUCAUAUCGUCGAGUUUGUUCCCGUUCAACACACAGCAAGAGAUGGAUCAAAUAUGGAGAUUAUGGUGACGAAACAAAGAAAAGAUCUUCUCAUGAACAUUCCUGCACUAAAAAAGCUCGACAAGAUGCUCACUGAUUGUUUAGACAAUUUCAAGGAUCAGAAAGAAUUCUGGUAUGUAUCUAAAGAUGCGAAUGAAUCAGAAAAAGGAGUGCAAAGAAACGAUAAAUGGUGGCUACCAACGGUGAAGGUUCCUCCGGGAGGGUUGUCGGAAGAAUCAAGAAAAUGGAUGCAGAAGCAGAAAGACUGCGCGAAUCAAGUUCUGAAAGCUUCCAUGGCUAUAAAUGCUGAAGUUCUUGGAGAAAUGGAGAUUCCUGAGAAUUACAUCGAAACUCUCCCUAAGAAUGCUCGAGAUAGCCUUGGUGAUGUGACUUAUAAGAGCCUUACAGUCGAGUUCUUCGACCCAGGGCAAUUCCUAGCAUCUGUGGACUUGUCAUCAGAACAUAAAAUACUUGAUCUAAAGAACAAAAUGGAAGCUUCGGUGGUCAUAUGGAAGAGAAAAAUGCAUCAAAAAGAGUCAAGAUCUUCAUGGGGUGCAUCUGCAAAAAUGGAAAGGAGGGAACUUUUCGAAGAGAGAGCUGAAACCAUUUUAAUCCUCAUCAAACAACGCUUCCCGGGACUUCCUCAAUCGUCACUAGACAUCUGCAAAAUCGAGUCGAAUAGAGAUGUCGGCCUUGCGGUUUUGGAGAGCUAUUCACGGGUAUUAGAGAGUUUGGCGAACACGGUGAUGAAUCGUAUAGAGGAUGUACUUUAUGCAGAUGACUUGGCACAAAAUUCAUCGGAAAACAACACGAAAUCAUCACCAUCAGAUCAAACUCAGGGGAACAAAACUCCGAACGGAACACCUACGACAAUAUCGGAUAUCAUGGGGUGGGGAUCAGAUCAAGGAGAAACUGAGAUAACGGAAGAGUUUUUAGAUAACAAAUUGAUGGGGGAAACAACCAAUGAUAUGUUUACAAGAAAACCUACGAGCAUUUUGACCAAUCAUAUAUGGAAAAGCUAGCGGUUGACAUAUAUUAAGAAGUUGAAAAUCACGUCAAUAGACACAUUGGAAACAAGGAAAGAUUGGACAAAAGAUGAAUACUAGGAAUACAAGAGGAUUAUGCAUUUAUGCCCGUUAAACGCAAAAAUAUUUGCAAUGACUCAAAAAGAGUAUAUUCGCUCAUGAAAAACUCUUUUCCUUCAUACUUGAAUCAGAAGGACGAGUUUGUGGAUAUUAACUUUAGUUAUGUUGUUUCUUAGAACAUAUUAACAUCUCUCGAUGUGCUUGUUGUAUACUGAGUAGGUUAUACAGAUAUUAUAGUUCCAUGUAGAUGGGGAACAAAAAAUUUCAAUGUCUAAUAUACCAACACAUAAUGAGGUUGUAAAGAGCUGGAAAAAUAAGUUGGGUUCCCACCAUACAUAUAUAAAAACCAUGGCACUUCAUUGUAUUUUUAUUGAAGUAUUCAGUCACACGCGCAUCACUCACACAUUGUUUUUCCAAAACAAUCUCUAU